UGACCGAACUAUAAUUUCAUGGAUUUAUUGUUUACAAAAUGAUAAAUAUGAUAAAGCACUUAAUUAUUACUUUAUUUUUUACAUUUCCAAACAGAACUUGGCGAAAUACCACCAGAAUAUUGUAAGUACAAUGUCGUCAGCUGCGGAAUUUGAAAGCAUUGAAAGUAUUUUAAAAAAAUUACCUAAUGAAGACCGUGAAAAAAUAUGCAGGGUAUUGUAUGGACAAGGAACAAGUUGUAUAUCUGUAUCUGAAGACACCAUCGCUCUUUCUGAAAAAUAUGGAUUAGAACUAAUUUCUUGCGCGUUCACCAGCCGAGAAGAGCAACUGCGUGUCCCAAGAAAAAUUAGGGUUGGUCUUUUUCAAAACAAACUACCUUUAGACACAUGGAGCCCUCUAAAACAAAUGCGAGAAGCCAUGUUCAAAAUGGCCGAAGAGGCUUUGGAAUUGGCAUAUAAUGGAGGAGUUAAUGUUUUCUGCUUUCAGGAAGCCUGGAAUAUGCCUUUUGCGUUCUGUACAAGAGAAAAAUCACCAUGGUGUGAAUACGCCGAGGAAGCCGAAAAUGGUGCUAGUACUCAAUUUUUAAAGCAAUUGGCAAGAAAAUACAACAUGGUUAUAAUUUCGCCGAUUUUGGAAAGAGAUGUCGAGCAUGGAGAUAUUUUGUGGAACACGGCUGUAGUAAUAGAUAAUCAUGGAGAUUAUUUAGGAAAACACAGAAAAAAUCACAUUCCUAGGGUUGGAGAUUUCAAUGAAUCUACUUAUUAUUUUGAAGGAAAUACUGGACAUCCCGUUUUUAAAACAGAAUUUGGCAAAAUCGCAAUAAACAUUUGUUAUGGUCGACACCAUCCCUUGAAUUGGUUGGGUUUUGCUUUAAACGGGGCAGAAAUUGUAUUUAAUCCAUCCGCCACAGUUGGUGCUCUAAGCGAGCCGCUAUGGGGUAUAGAAGCUAGAAACGCGGCCAUAGCUAAUUCUUAUUACACCUGCUCUAUAAACAGAGUGGGAACUGAGGUUUUCAAAAAUGAAUUUACUUCAGGAAACGGGUUGCCGGCUCAUAAAGAUUUUGGUCAUUUUUAUGGAUCCAGUUACGUUACAGCUCCAGAUGGUUCCAGGAGUCCAGGAUUGUCAAGAACAAAAAAUGGUUUACUUAUUGCUGAAUUGGAUCUUAACCUUUGUAGACAAGUGAAAGAUGUUUGGAAUUUUCAAAUGACUCAAAGGUUGGAAUUGUACGCAAACCUUCUUGACGAAGCUACAAAACUCGAUUUCAAGCCCCAAAUUAUUACAAAAUCUACAUAAUUAAGACCAACAGGUUCUAAAUGUAUUUUUUUAUCACAAAAAUUGUUAUUAUUGUUUAUGGAAUAUGGAAUAGGUUUUAAAAAAAUAAAAAUGCUUUAUAACUUUUUUUUUAUAUAUAUACGAACAUAAUAAUAUAUUCCUAACAUGCAUAUCAUCCUGUAAAUAGAUAUUUUUGUGACAUCAGGACAGGAGAAUAUUCCUAUGGCAGUUUAUUUUGUUCAAGUAUUAUUCAUACUAAUAUAUUAUUUUGUAAAGUAAAUUUUAAAGCAAAAAUAUAACAAUCAAUAAUAACAGAUUUAUAAAUAUUAUAAAGUCAUAGGUCCAACAAUACACAAUUAAAUAAAACUCAUAUUCAAAAAAAGUACGAAUAAUACUCAAUUGUACAAAAGUUCUGUAACUCAAGGUCAUUUUAAAUUUAAGAUUCUUUUUUAGUUUUGUCUAAUGGUUCAUUCUUCUCAACUCUUCCAACUGAAAGAAAAAACGGAUGAUUAACACAUUCUUCAUAAUAAAAAAAAAAUUAAGUAAGAGCAACAAUACGUUGUUCAAAUAUUACCUCUCCCUCGGAAUCUAUAGAGUCUCCUUCAUCAUCAGAACCAUGAACUGAAGCCGCAGGCGUAGUAACUUUGCUCGAAGUGGGAGACGGUGGUUCCGAUAUAGGUCUUGGGUAUCUAAACGCCAUGCCUAAUUCCAUUUCUUCCUUAUAGUCAGGGAAUACUUUGUGCAGCGCCUUCAUUCUUGCUUGGCGAUAAUACUAAAAAAACAUCGCGUCAACGUUAUUGAAAAAUUUAGAAGCAAGCUUUUUUGUAUAAAACCCCAUAAAAAAUGUUACAUUUCAACAAAACUGAUUUGGAACGUACAUUUUCUUUCAAUACCCCAACCGUAUUGGCGUAAAGUUUUUGAAAUACAAAUGACAAACAUUUGGUCCUUCGAGCUACAAAAGUUUGAGGAACGAAGCUAAAAUAAAAAUAUAUGUAACCUGCCCGUGGAAAUGUAGCUACUUUCAUAAGUAGUGGUGGUAACACUGUAUCAAAAAUGUCAUGUCAUACUUUAUUUGUCAAAGUAAAAUGGGUUAAAUUAGUCUCUUUGAGUUGGGGGUUAUUUUAAAUCAAGACGUUAGUAAAAACAAAAAAUAAAAAAAUCUGACUUACUACUCCUAGAUUUCUCCAGUCCAACAAAUCGCUCAGCCUCUCAGUUCUGUUCCUUUGAAUUAUCCUCUGUCUUCGGCUUAAUCGCGCAAAGUCAUACAUAUACUGAGCUAAUUGAUUAACGGAAUCGUCUAAUCCUAUGAAACGACGAUCAACUAUGUAUAUACCGUAGGACAUGGGGUCUGUGAUGUGUUCUUGCAUGAAGCAACCGAAACCUGAGA